AUGGACUCGGAGGAUGGGCAACUGUUCGUAAAGGCAUGUACCUACCUUCCUGCUCACCCCUCUCGCCGCUCCGCUCCGCUCUCAAUCGCCUCCGUCGACCGCCAAUGUCCGAAACUGUCGCAGCAAGUACUGAUAGCGUCAUUUUCACAGACUUUGGCUUCCUUCGUCAGAACGCAUGAGAAAGCGUUGGCCAACGCGCUGCAGUUGCAGCGCCAGAAGACCAAGAAUGGAAAGGAGCAGGCCGGAGCCACCUCCACCAGCACUUCGGCGCCCUCUUCCACCACGAUUUCCCUUGCCGAAGCGCUGACCCGACCCUCCCUCUUCUUCUCCUCCCAGAGCAUCCGGCCCGCGAAGCUCACCCUCACGCCACAUCACCUCUACUUCCUGCUCAGCAAGUUCGAGGAUCUGGGCGUCGACGUCGGCUCCAUGACAGUGCGCCUGGAGAACUUGCACAGUGAUGCUCCAUACACUUACAGCUCCUUCACCGGCCAGGCACCCAAGUCUCGCGGCAAGCAGUCAGAUGCAGAUUCUCUUCGCUCCGUGUCUAGCGUACGCAGCGUCAUGUCGAGCAUGUCGUCCAUGUGGUCUUCCCUGACGCUGUCCAACAGCGCUGCAAAAGCUGAGAAACAAAUGGCACAACAUCGUGAUGAUCUCAAGUACUUGUACUCGUGCUUCACGAAGAUCCCAGCCUUGCGGCUGUCGCCCGAUCAUAGGGCGAAGUUGAUCAGUGGCUUCGAGGAAUUCCCCUUUGAUACGGCUGUCCCACUGUUCGUCUUCAAGAACGUAAGUUCUCUCGAAAUCUGCGAUCUCGAUUUUAGACAGUUCCAUGGCUGGGAUCGAUUGUCGGAACAGCUCCGCAGUCUAACGGUGAAGCGUGCCACGCUGGACGAUCCUAUAGACCUGCUCUAUAACAUAGUAUUGGAUGACGCAGAGAAGCGGAGGAAGCGUUCUUCCAAGACCCAAGUCCCAACCACACCCUCUACUCCUGGCGCCUUUUGGUCUAUCAGCAAUACCCCUCCCAAAAGUCACUUUGCUCGUCUCCCUGCUUCGUCGCCGGCCACGCCUGAUUUGGGGGGGCGCCGUUCGUCGCUGAGCAGCUCUUACAUGCUGGCCCGGGGAGUCUCUUCAGACGGAGCACCAGCCUCGGGCCCAAUCAAAGGGAGCCAUUCGCCUCCUCGGCCAUCUACUUCGGCAAGACCUGGUUCGCUCCAGAAACCUCCCAGCCGUUCCGGAACUCCCAAGAAUCGAAGGUCCUCGGGUAGUUCAGGUUCCAGCCAUCAUGAGAUGUCUCCACGCCACAGCACCUCGGACUUGCUGGCGAUGGGCAUACUGCCGCCUUCGAAAUGGCGAUUCUUGCGACAUCUUAGCGUAGCAGAGAGCGGGUUGACGGAGCUGCAUGCGAGCAGCCUAGCGCCAGUAUCCGGCACGCUCCAAUCCUUCGACCUCUCUGGAAACUUAUUCAAUGAGAUCCCGUCAGAAGCGCUGGCGGCUCUGACACAUCUCCGCGCCCUAAACUUGAGCAAUUGCAUGAUCACCAGCCUGGCAUCGUUGUCGAAAGCUCCUCUCCCGGCCAUCACUACCCUAAAUCUGCGCUCCAAUCGACUUCUGAAUCUCGCCGGCAUCGAGCGCUUAUUUUCUCUCGAGAGGAUCGAUGUGCGAGAUAACAAACUCCACGACCCAACGGAGCUCGCGCGCCUUACUGCGAUUCCAGACAUCAGGGACCUGUACGUGAUGAAGAACCCCUUCACCAGGACUCAUAGCAAGUACCGCGUGACGAUAUUCAAUCUCUUCAGAUUGGCGCCAGGGUACACCAAGGACGUGAGCAUCGACACAAUGGGACCUUUGUACCACGAGAAGAAGCAUCUUGUAGAUCGAGCACCCGAGCCUGCCAACAAGCCGGUGAUCAGGCCACCUCCGGAGGACGAAGAGCUCCCUAUCCUGGAUCUCGAAAUCUUUCAAGCAUCUGCGGGAGUCGCGAGCGCCUCUGGUCCAGGCCAUCGUCGGACGACAUCGGAUAUGGGUCCCCAAUCGACAGUGCGACGCAAGAAGGCGACCCGGCGAAGAAUUGUGGAACUUUCGCAGUCCGAGCAACGCGCGGCGCGACCGAACGAAGACCUUGCUGCGGAAACCGCUGUACCUGAGCUGACCGAAUUGCCUCCCAUGCCGCCUACUCCGGCUACUGAGAGCGAUCAGCCACCCACCCCAGAACCGACACCUUAUCAAUUGACGCCUUCGACUCAGCUGGCACCGACGGCAGCUCCUGUGCGCCCGAAGCUCGACACCUCCUUCACUUCGCCGAGUCCCCGUCAGCCCAAGAUUAGAGACGCUUCCGACGACGAUAACUCGCCUGUCCACUGGCCAGAAGAUCUAGGUUCAAAUACGGACGUCUACCGGCAAAAGGUCGAGGCGUUGAAGAAAGACCUGGGCCCGAAUUGGCUGUCUGCCCUGAAUGAAGAGCGAUUCGUCGAUACUCGAGCGAGGAAUCGUAGCUUCAGCCCGGCUUCCCGGACUUCGACGAUCCGAGCAGACAGGCCUUCUCGUGGAGUAAGUGUUGGCGGAAGAACUCUGGGAUGA